AAAUAAUGGCAAAACUGUCGCACAACUCAAAUGGCGGUCAAAUGAGGCCCUCGUGUCUCAAAUGUGGAUAUCCUGGACAUUUCACAUACCAAUGCCGUAACUUCUUCCGCAUGAAUCCCUCGCAAGACAUUGUUCUGGACGUGAGUUCCACCAGUUCUGACUCCGAUGACGACCCGACCGACACUGCCAUUGAUGCCAACAAUAUCAUCAAAACUGAUCCAAAGGCACACUUUAGUGGCGGACAACCCGACGAUAAACGACACAAAAGACAUAAAAAGAAAUCCAAAUCCCAUCACAAAAGUAAGCGAAAGCACCGGAACUCCGAUUCUUCGUCUGACGGCAGCCCUAAGAAGACUCGGAGUCGAAGUAAAGACAGACAUCGGAAACACCGAAAGCAUAAGUCAGGCGAUGAGAGCGACGAUCGCCGCAAAGAUGACCACAAAUCGAGACAUAAACCCAAACAUAAGUCCAAAGAUAGGGAAAGAAGACGCGAAAAACAGACCAAUAAA